CUCUUUCUAAAGCCCUGCUGGUGAACACACUGACAGGCUACAAUGAAAAUGAGGCGGACACUUGGUCGCCACUUCAGUGCGUACACGUCCUUUUGAGGAGACCUCUAAACUAGGAUAUCACCAUGGGAGCUAUUUGGAUUGCGAGGAACUUUUGUUUGUUUUUGCUCUUGUUAAAUACUCGCCAAAGCACAGCACUACCAGAGAGUCAAGAUCAAUGCGCAGAUGAAAGUGAUGGCUGUCACAUCGAUGCUAUUUGUCAAAAUACCCAAGGCUCAUACAAGUGCACGUGUAAAGCAGGCUUUAAAGGAGAUGGCAAACACUGUGAAGACGUUGAUGAAUGUGACUUUGAGUACAAUGGCGGCUGUGUACACGAGUGUAACAACAUACCAGGCAAUUAUCGGUGCACUUGCCACGAUGGAUUCCAUCUAGCACACGACGGCCACAAUUGUUUAGAUGUGGAUGAGUGUAAAUUCAACAAUGGAGGGUGCCAGCACACAUGUGUCAACACAAUGGGAAGCUAUGAGUGUCGCUGCAAUCAAGGUUUCUUUCUGAGUGACAACCAGCACACAUGCAUCCAUCGCUCUGUGGAGGGGCUCAACUGUAUGAAUAAGGAGCAUGGUUGCGCUCACAUCUGCAAAGAGACCCCCAAGGGAGGCGUUGCCUGUGAGUGCCGCCCAGGCUUUGAGUUGGCAAGGAAUCAGAGAGACUGCAUCAUUACCUGUAACCAUGGCAAUGGGGGUUGCCAACACAUCUGUGAGGACAUGGAAGAUGGCCCCAUAUGUAGGUGUCACGUCAGGUACACCCUGCAGCCAGACAAAAGCUCCUGUGUAGAGCGAGAUGAAGCCACUGCUGAGCCAAUGGAGCACAACAUCACAGCCUUCACUGAGGUCGAUAAACGUGUGAAACGAAGACUGCUCAUGGAGACGUGCGCGGUAAACAAUGGGGGGUGUGACUGCACCUGUAAAGACACAUCCACGGGCGUACGCUGCAGCUGCCCGGUUGGCUUCACUCUGCAGCCGGAUGGAAAAACAUGCAAAGAUAUCGAUGAAUGUGAACUCCACAACGGCGGCUGUGAGCACUUUUGUAAGAACACCAUUGGGAGUUUUGAGUGUAACUGCAGGAAGGGCUUCAAGCUGCUGAGUGAUGAGCGUUCUUGCCAAGAUAUAGACGAGUGCUUCUUCCAGAGGACAUGUGACCACACGUGUGUGAACUCCCCCGGUAGUUUUGAGUGUGUGUGCAACAAAGGCUACACCCUGUAUGGACUGGCCCACUGUGGGGACGUAAACGAAUGCAGUGUGAAUGGGGGUGGCUGUGAGCACCACUGUGAGAACAACCCGGGAGGAUUUGAAUGCCACUGCCAACCCGGCUAUAAGCUCCACUGGAACAAGAAGGACUGUAUUGAGACUGAGGGUUUCGCACUUUCCACACCCACUUCCCGGCCCACGCUGAACUGCAGCAAACAGGGAGGAGGAGACCGCUGUUCCUUGACCUGCCAAUCCCAAGUCCACAUCAGCAGUGGAACGGAGGAUUCCUAUACUCUGACCUGUGGAAUGCCUUUGCCCUGCUUGGCUGAGGCGCAGAAGAACAACAGUGGCCUGAACUGCUUCGGUUCAGAAAUGUCCAGCAUUUCCCGCAUCAAGGCCACUGCCACCUUUAGGUCGGGGCCUGGAAAAUGCAACCUCAAGCGAAGUCAAGAGAGGCUUAAGGAGACUCUAAACACUGCACACUCAGAUAGCGGGUCCCUCUUCACGGAGAACGUCCAGUUCAGCUACGUGAGCCUGCAUUGCUCGUCCGCCGGAAGGAGAGCGCAGCGCCAUCGGAACGGCAGGAGAGCAGGGGAGGAGGAGGGCUCCUCAAUCACGGCUCAGUUUGAGUUGGAUGUGAACCUAGAGGAGGUAACAGCAGAGAGCUGUGACCUGCCAUGUGUGCGCCGGCGCUCCGAGAAGAGGCUGAGGAAGACCAUCCGGACCCUGAGAAAGUCCAUCAACCGGGAACAGUUCCAUAUCCACUUUGCUGGCUCCGACUACGAGCUCUCCAAGAGCCUGCUCCAGACCGUGGACCCGCAGGAACAUUGUGUGGCCGGACAGGUGCUGGCGGGCAGGAGAUGCGUGAGCUGCUCGGCGGGGACCUUCUAUGACGGGGACCUGGGGAGGUGUGUCCUGUGUGCAGCUGGAACCUAUCAGGACGAGGAGGGGCAGAUGGCCUGCGAGCUCUGUCCCGGGCCCGAAGGGAAAGCCGACUCCAAGGUGGUCGGGGCUCGUAACAUCUCUGAGUGUGGAGGUCAGUGUACCGGGGGUCACUAUUCCCACGAUGGCUUCAUCCCCUGCGUGCCUUGCCCUCUGGGAUCCUACCAACCAGAGGUCGGUCGAACCUCUUGCUUUCUUUGUGGGGGAAACCUGGUCACCAAGCACCUCUCUGCUGUGUCCUUCCAGCAGUGUGAGACCAAAGUCCAGUGCUCCCCAGGACAUUACUACAACACAAGCACACAUCGUUGUAUCCGCUGUCCCAUGGGAACAUACCAAGUGGAGUUUGGACAAAACUACUGCACAGCUUGCCCCGGAAACACCACCACGGACUUUGACGGCUCCACGAACAUCAUGCAGUGUAAAAACCGACAUUGUGGCGGAGAGCUGGGAGAUUUCAGUGGCUACAUCGAGUCGCCCAACUACCCCGGAAACUAUCCGGCCAACGUGGAGUGCACCUGGACGAUCAACCCUCCACCCAAACGCAGGAUCCUCAUCGUGGUCCCCGAGAUCUUCCUGCCCAUUGAGGAUGAGUGUGGAGACUAUCUGGUUAUGAGAAAAAGCUCUCUCUCCAACUCUGUGACAACCUACGAAACCUGUCAGACGUACGAGCGGCCAAUUGCUUUCACGUCCCGCUCCAAGAGACUGUGGAUUCAGUUCAAGUCCAACGAGGGAAACAGUGGCAAAGGCUUCCAGGUCCCAUAUGUGACUUAUGAUGAGGACUACCAAGAGUUAAUCGAAGAUAUAGUCAGAGAUGGAAGAUUAUAUGCUUCAGAAAAUCACCAGGAAAUUCUUAAGGACAAGAAACUCAUGAAGGCGUUGUUUGAUGUUUUGGCCCAUCCACAGAACUUUUUCAACUACACAGCCCAAGAGUCCAGGGAAAUGUUCCCCAAGUCAUUCAUCAGAUUCCUUCGCUCUAAAGUCCUGAGAUUUUUACGCCCAUAGAUUAAGGUGAACUUUAGCCAGUGGAUUUGUGAAUAGUUCUUUACAUAUUUUUAUUAAACACUGGCCACAUAACCUUUCAACUUACUGAGCAAUUAAUACAAAUAUGCUAUACUUGCUAUACUACUUUCACACAACCCAUACUAAAGUGGACUGUACUGACCCAAAGGAGAAAGUAAACAAGCAAGUGGAUUUUUUAUAUUUUUUCUCUAUAUUUUUUUACCGUUUGAAAGGAUAGAUUGGUAUCUUCUCCGUAUGCUACAGACCACAAGCACAUUGGUAGCCUCAGACAAUUCACAAUGUUGUGGUUAUUGUUUUUUUUAAUGUGUUUUAAAAAGCCUUACAAAAAUGAUGCUGGAUAAAGCUCUAGGGAUUUAAAGGGAGAGACACCUGCUCUUGUAUGAUUGUGUUAACAUUCGUGUUAAAAGAUUUGUAUAAAGUCUUAUUUUUAUAUUAGUGGGAUCGGAUGGGUGAUUUAUUGUGUUUAAUGCUGAAUAUUCAAACAACAACAUUAAGAGAAUGUUACUAAUACAUGACAUAGCACACUCAUUAAAGGAACCUAGAUAAGAUAUCAACCAAUGAGUGUAUAUUUAGCUAUAACCGACUUGUAAACUAUUGUUGUUUUGCAAUUAGUGUUGAAAGAAAGUUGAUAGAUACAGGAAAGACAUUUAUCACAAAAAUGUUUUUUUUCCGAACGAUAUAGCACUACAAUGUACAGUAUGUAGUGUCAUCACAAAGGCGUUUGUACUCAAAAAAAUUGUAUAUGAUGUAAAAAGUUUUAGAUUAAAUGUUAAUGUAUUGUUGGGUAGCGACUACAUUUGCGACACAUAUAGUAUUGACACUUCGUACUUUCCAAUGUAUUGGUGUUUCAUGUUCAUGUUAAUAUUUUGUCUGCCACUGUAUUCCACUGUAUUCUGUCAUUUAACAAUGUAUACCCAUUGUGGCUCUUCUUAGGUUAUAGUGAAAAAUUAAGCAAGCAUCUCUCAGGAGGACAAUGUGUUAACAUUUGAACAUAUGAACCAGCAACCAAAGGCACAACACAUCAUAUUUGGAUGUCAAAUGAAUUGGAGAUAUAUUAAUAGAUAUAUAGAGCAACAUAAAGUCAAAUAGUCCUAGGCCUGAAUGAUUUCAUACGAAAGUUACGUUUUGUAAAAAUAGAAUUUCUUUAUUGUCUUAGUACAGUGUAUUUGUACAUCUAACGUGUUGUAAAUAAAAUGGUAAACUGC